UUGUUGUUUUAUAAUGUUCGCAAAUGCCUACAAAAGAUAUUUUCAGUUUCUUGUCUUAUUGCGGAACAGCAAAAAUUUUCUAGACAGGAACUUGCCUUUGUAUAUUUUUGACAAGGAUACAUCGUCCGCAGGAAAGAACUUUUCUAUUCCUAUAUAUAGCCAUAUCCUUCAGGAAUUCGUAUAUCCAUUGUUGACUCCCUCGUGACACAACGGUUUGCGAAAGUUUUCUUUGAAUUCCAAUUCAAAUGAAUUCUUUAGGCCGGAAACCUAAACCUAAAACACCUAUCUGAAAUCUACCUGAAAUUUAAACAUAGCGACAGUUUGCAAAACAUACUUUUGUGACAUUCUCAUAAAAUUGUUCUCGUAGUAAAAAGUUUAUCGUUGGACAACGCUGAUGAAAUAGGAGCAAUGUACUUACUAUUUAUAACAGUUGAGAUUUAUCUUAAUUUAUUAGAUUUAUUUUAAUUUAUAUCGCAAUUAAGAACCACACUUAUACUUUAGAGAGUCUCUGAAGUGAAACUUGAACUCGAUUAUCUUGAUGCGUUUCGUGAAACUUCAAACUCCUUUUAAAUGCCACAGGUUCAAAUGAUCCAAGAGCAAAUGGAUGCCUUAGCGGACACUAAGUCGGUCGGCGAGGAGAGGUACGCUCGAGCGAAACAGGAAAAUGCAACGUUACAAGCGCGCAUAUUGAUGCUCGAGGAAGCAGCCAAAGAUGCGGAAACGAGGGCCGAAGAGAGACUUCAAGCCGAGCAACGGAGACAUCGGGAAUUGGCGUGCCGCUUGGAACGAGAGCGUCAGUUGCAACUGGAAAACUAUGGCAUCAAGCUACAGGCGGCGGAGGUGGACAACUCCAGUUUGCGGGAGGAGAUCGCGCGGGUACGCGAACAGCUCGAGAGAGCGAGGGCGGAUAAGACGCGGCUCGAGAACGAUCUCCGGGAGGCCAGGAGGGAAGUGGACGGCGCGCGCGAAAGUGAACGUCAUGCGAUAAGUCGAACUAACGAGGCUCAUCAUAUGCUCGACGCCAUGAGAGAGGAACUUUCGUUACGGAGCGAGGAUCAGCAGAGAAUUGAGGAACUGGUGCAGCAGGUGGCUCAACUUCAAGCUCGUAAUAAAAGCUUGGAAGAAUCUCGGGACGAGCUGCAAGCCGCUGCGGCGUUACAGGCAGGCCGUGAACUUUUGAUGCUGAAUCCGUGUAACAAUAAUGCCGAGAAAGGUCCUAGUCUCGCUGUGGAAUUGCUAGCCGGCAUGAAUCCAGAUCAGAUAGAUGGGGAAUUCAACGAACCGUGCACGAUCGCUGAAUUAAGACAAGCCUUGAAAGAACAGCAAGAAGUGAACACGCAACUGAGAACGUACAUCGAUGGGAUAUUACUAAACAUCGUGGAAAAUUAUCCGCAAUUGUUAGAAGUGAAGCAAACGCAUUGAAACAUAGCGCGCAUAAUCUAUCCAUUAGGUCCUGUUCGAAUACUUUCGAGGCAGUUGUACGUUAAUUUUCUUCGUUUGAAUCGAGGAAGAUUGGGGGCUGCCUAGAACUUGCCCGACGUAUAUAUUUUGUAUACAUAUUAAUAUUUUAGAAUAUUUAAAUUUUCUCUCAGCGCAAAAGCACACUCAAGGUCAAUUUUAACGGAAUUCAAGCUUGCUUAAAAUGGACAGUUUCCGAACAGCGUGAACUCUAAAAGACGUCCAAAGAAGCUUUGCAGAAAGAGCCACAACUUAGAUCGUUCUCUAGGUGUCUUGGAGACUUCGGAUUUCCUUGAUAUCGAAAUUCGUAAACUCGAUCGUUUGAGCUCUAGGCAGCAGCCGUCUCCGUACAUCUAGAAACUAAAGUAAUAAAGUAAUAAAGUGACGCUACUGUAGUCGCAACGUGUGCAACGAUACAAAAAGGAUACGCGACUGAUGUCACAUCUCCGAGACGUCACGCCAUUCGCGGAUCUUUGAGCGCUUCUUUCCACUGCCGUCAAGCUUCGUCGCGCGAAUAUCAUCAUCGCCAGGAUGGUGAGCGAAUCUCGAUUGCGCCUCUUGGACUCUGCACGUCGUCGGCAAGCUUAUACGCACUUCGGUAUACACGCGAGAUCGUUAAGAUAUUCGUAUAUACGUGUUAACGAUUGGUGUGCGAGAUUGAUGUUAUCCAAAUGAAUAUAUACAUGUGUAUGUAUGUACGCGCGUAUGCGCGCGCGUGUAUUAUGCGACAACGGAGAUGACGUGACUGCAUGAUGUGUCGCGAAAAACUGUGAUUGCGUUAGAGUACCUUUUAAUUGAAAAUUUGUGUCUCGGCGACACGCGCCUACGAUCCUACGGGCGACAACUCUGUACUCUAGAUCUUUAUACCGAGAGCUAGUAAAAUUGCAAUUAAACGAUAUUAUAUUUUGAUA